UGUUUUUAUGUUGUAUUUUCAUGUGUGUCCGAGGCUGUUUAGCCACUUGUGCUGCCCAGUUGACACAGUCCUGCCCCAAUCCACUCCACCUUUGAGUCAGCUCCCAAUCUAACCUUUUGUCCCUUUUCACAACUCCCCCUGCGCUGCCUGGACAGUUGGUCUCUCCUGUUACUGAGCUGUAACCUCCCUUCCCUAAGUCAGUUUUAUCUGAACGCUCAGAAAAUGUUGAUUUUUUCUAAAAAGACCAUCUUGUGGACAUUUUGGAAUAAGAAGCAACACUUUGUGUUUGUGAAACCUACAGUGUGCAAAUCCUUUGGCAUUUCAUAGUGUAAUGCUUUACUUCUUUGAGAAAUGGCCUCUCAGAUAGGCAACAUGAACCGUGAAGACCGGAAUGUGCUCCGUUUGAAAGAAAGCGAAAGGCGAAAUCAAGAAAUCCAGCCGGGAGGAGAGGCCUUCCCAACCAGCUCUCCUCUCUUUCCAGAACCUUAUAAAGUUUCAAGCAAAGAGGACAAGCUUUCCAGCCGCAUUCAGAGCAUGCUUGGGAACUACGACGAGAUGAAAGAGAGUGGGGAGCCUCCACGCCAAAAGCUCAACGUCGUGCCCAAACCCCCCGGCGGGGCGCCCUCGUCCGAGGAGUCCGGCGCGCCGCCCUUUGGGGAUCUCCCGCUGCAGCGCGUGGGAGUGGGCGGCCCAAGUAGCAAAUGGACCCCCGUGGGCCCCGCCCCCAGCACCUCAUCGCAGUCACAGAAGCGGUCGAGCUCCCAGGCUGGCCACAGCGGUGGUCCACGGCUCGCCGGCGGCAGCGGCGGCGGCAGCGGGGCCCAGCGGCACGAGCGCGACCAUGGUAGUAGCAAGCGGUCAAGCAAGCACAGCUCGGAACACCCAAGAUCACGUGCAUCCAGUCCAACCAAGGGCUCUGGGCACUCGCGGGCGCACGCGGCCGAGCACCACGGCAAGGAAUGCUACCGCUCCAAGUCGCCGCGUGAGCACGACGCCAACUGGGACUCUCCGUCGCGCGUGCACACCUCCUUCUCCGGGGGGAGCCAGCACACCAGCCAGUCCUUUCCUCCUUCGCUCAUAUCCAAGCCCAGCUCCAUGCCCCAGAAGCCCACCGCCUACGUGCGGCCCAUGGACGGCCAGGAGACUCAGGAGCCAAAGACGGAAGCUUACAGUGGCCAGUCGCGCAACAGCAGUGGUGCCACCGGGGAGGUGAAAUGUAGUAGCAAGGCCUCCCUCUCCAAGCUGAAGAUUCCCUCGCAACCGCUGGAGGCAUCCAUGUCAGGAGAUCCUAACUGUGUAGAUGAAAUACUAAAGGAAAUGACUCAGUCAUGGCCGCCUCCACUGACUGCCAUUCACACCCCCUGUAAAACGGAGCCUUCCAAGUUUCCAUUUCCCUCCAAGGAUGCCCAGCACCCAGCAAGCUUCCCCAGUGGAGGACACAGUAACAAGAGGUACAGUUUAACAAAGACAUCCUCAGUGACCAGCCACCAGCCUAAAGCGUGUGAUGGGGACCAAACCAACUCGCUGAUAGAGGAUUUGAAACUGAGCAGUGACGAGGAGAGUGACACAGAACAGAAUUCUGCCAAGAAUCCUUCAGAAAAUGCACCUGCCAGCAACCACGGUGAGGCAUCCAGCAGCCCCAGUGGCUCGGAGAGCAGCUCCGGCUCCGACAGUGAGAGCGAGAGCAGCUCCAGCGACAGCGAGGCCACCGAACCUCCCCGCGCCGCAUCCCCCGAGCCUGAGCAACCAACCGCUAAUAAGUGGCAGCUGGACAACUGGCUUCACAAGAAGCUCUCGCCACCCUCCCCAGUGGACAGUAACGUACCCACGAAGUAUAAAAAAGAGGGUCGGGAGCAGAGCUCUGGCAGGGGCUACGGUAGCCAGGGUGGGACCAAAGAGCCUGGGACUUCAGCCCCGAACAGGGACCUGCGGGCCGCUGCGAAGGUGUCCGAUGUCUCUCGUGGCCGGCAGAAGUCCCCCGCACAGAGCGACGGCGGAGCCGCCCAGCGAAGGACUGUGGGCAAGAAGCAACCCAAGAAGUCUGAGAAGCUCCCAGGGGUAGAGGAGUCUAGGGGUGUGAAGGUGGAGAGCGAACCUACCCCAGAUAUCCCCCCCCACCGGGCCAAGGCGGCCACCAAAGGCUCUCGGAAACCGAGCAUCAGAAAGGAGACCAAGAUCUCGCCCAGGCAGACCGCCGACAAGCGGAAGUGCAAGACCCCCAUCAAGACGCCCGUCAAGUCCGAGAAGUUCGUGGAUACAGACUCGUCGUCCUCAGAGGCCGAGGAGAACGACAGCAUUCCCUCCUUGUCGCAGACUCCGAAGUACUCUCAGGAGAGCAUCCAGACUCCAGUGUGCAUAUUCUCUCCCAUGGAAGAGAAGGAGUUACUCUCCCCGCUCAGCGACCCAGAUGACCGCUUCCCUGUCAGACAAGUGCUUAUGGUGAAGAUUGACCUCAGUUUACUCUCCCGGAUACCAGGCAGGCCCUAUAUGGAGCUCGACCAGUCCAAGUGGGACAAAGAGAGGGACAGCAAGGACAUCCAGAAGCAGUUGCCUGAGAAGACUACCAGCAAAGGCAAAAGGAAACACAAGAGUGAGGAUGAUGUCAAGAGCGACAGCAAGAGGCCUAAGUUGGAAGACAAGAGCUCUUCCCACCACAAAAGCAGCAAGGACGCAUCAAAAAGGGGGUCGGACAAGGAGAAGGAGCCAGUCCCCUCGCCAGUGAUCACGGGUGCCCAGAAGACCCCCAAAGGAGAGCACCAGAGCCGCAAGCGAACAGCAAGCCAGUCUUCAACGUCCGUGCACGGCAGUGCCAAGGCCGGCGGCUCCUCUUCCAAGCACAAGAAGAGCGAAGAGAAGCAGCCUAGGAGCAGCAAGGAAGUUAAGGAAAAAGCCUCAAAGACCUCUGACAGCCAGAUGGCGAAUCAGAUCCUCUCCUCUGAAAGUACAAAGUCUCAAAGACCAAAACUCACAUUCGAAGACAGGAUGUAUUCUGCCGAUUACUACUUGCAAGAAGCCAAGAAGCUGAAGCACAAUGCAGAUGCUCUGAUGGACAGGUUCGAGAAGGCGGUGUAUUACCUGGAUGCCGUGGUGUCGUUCAUCGAGUGCGGAAAUGCGCUAGAGAGGAGUGCGCAAGAGGCCAAGUCCCCCUUCCCCAUGUACGCGGAGACCGUAGAGCUCAUCAAGUACACUAUGAAGUUAAAGAGCUAUAUGGCCCCAGAUGCUACUUCAACAGAUAAGAGGCUAACAGUGCUCUGUCUGCGGUGCCAAUCCCUCCUUUACUUGCGUCUUUUCAAGCUGAGGAAGGAAAGUGCGCUGAAAUACUCUAAAACUCUCACCGAACACUUGAAGAAUUCCAUAAACAAUACUCAAGCUCCGUCUCCUGGAAUGGGAAGCAAAGCGGCGGGCAUGCCCUCCCCGGUCUCCCCCAAGCUGUCCCCAGGGACAGCCGGUUAUUCCUCUGGAAGCUCCAGCGCCAACAGCAGCUCCUCAGUCACCAUCCCCCAGCGCAUCCAUCAGAUGGCGGCCAGCUACGUGCAGGUCACCUCCAACUUCCUGUACGCCGUCGAGGUGUGGGACCAAGCGGACCAAGUGGCCAAAGAGCAGAAAGAAUUCUUUGCUGAGCUGGACAAGGUGAUGACGCCCCUGAUCUUCAACACCAGCACCAUGACAGAGCUAGUACGCUACGCGCGGCAGGGUCUGCACUGGCUUCGGCUGGACGCCAAGCUCGCCCCCUAGGGGCCGGCCCCUGCACCCCACCCACACACCUCAGCAUGGGCUUGUCUGCCUCAAAUACACCCAUAGCACUGUGCUCAAUCCUUUAUGAGUUUUCCAAAAACCCAGAACCAGACAGUACUACACAUCUGUAAAAAUGACAACAUGCUCUCAUUGGUGGUUCUGCAUCUACAAAGAUUAUCUGAGAAUUUCUAAGUGUGCACUGUACAUACUGAGGGAUGUUUUGGGUCUUUUUAUUGUUUUUAAGCCAUCUGUGUUUGUAAGAAUGAAUGAAGUCACUGCUAUCUUUUUCACUAAAGCGCUCUGAAAGAAUUUGCUUGCUAUACGACGAGCAAAUGCUAUUUAUCUUGGGUUUUUUUCUACAGUAGUCUUUAAACUGGCGUACCUCCUUUUUAACCAAAGGUGCUUUUUUAAAAACUAAGAUCAGUUCUUUCUUUUUUUAUAUCAUUGUUUUUGUGCCUUGUAUUUGAUACACAAGAAAGUUCCACCGCAGUUCUGUACUAUUUUUCUAUAUGCGAGUAGCACAAAUGACCGCAUGCAAACGGGGGCAGCGAUGGCUCCCCGGAGGUCGCGGGGUCGCCGCAGCUACGUGAGCGUCAGGUGGCACACGGGUGGUGGACCAGGAGCGGCUUCCUGCUCAGGUUCGUCGUAGGAGCAGAAUUACCUGAGCGACUGGUCUUCCGGGAAUAUGGCAGCCGCGUGACAGCGCCCCCGUGUGGGAAGAGGAGAUACCUGCACACAAUUUACCUGCCUGAAUCUCCGAGAUCAUUGUACCUCACAGGGAAACUAUAAACUGGAGCCACGUACACCCAACUACUGUAUGUAUUUAUUUUUAUUUUUUUUU